CAAGUUCAACCUCAUUUCUGACGCCCUCUUGUAAUCGGUCUAUCGCACUCUGCGGCAAGUGGCCACACGUAGGAAUGCCUAUAUAAGGGCCACGAUGCCGCGUAUACCCAGACACAAUGCUGCGCGCGCUGCCCGUCGUCCUGGUGGUCCUGGCGGUUUGCCACGGCCUGCCGCGGCCGCACCCUCGCCUGCCGCCCCGCUUCCUCUCCGAUGGCUACUCCUCCGGGCUGCAAAUCGUCGGCGGUCUGGUGGCGGACAUCAAGGACUUCCCUUACCAGGUUUCCAUGAUGGAGUCCGGCAGCCACAUUUGCGGUGGCUCUAUUCUUAACGAGCGCUGGGUCUUGACUGCGGGGCACUGCGUGAACGCGCUGGACGGCGACGCCACCUCUGCCUCGGUGCGCGUCGGCUCGUCUUCGCGGGUCUCGGGCGGGCAGGUCGUGAACGUCAUCUGGGCCGCGGAGCACCCCAAGUUCGACAUCGGCACCCUGACGCACGACGUUGCGCUCAUGCAGCUGGAGAGCGACCUUGACCUAACGGGCGUCGCGGCCAAGCCCACGCAGCUGGUAGCCCCGAACGCCGCCCCGGCCGCAGGUCAGCUGCUCACCGUCAGCGGCUGGGGCACCCUGCAUUCGGGUGACUGGGACUCGCCCGUGGACCUCUACGCGGUGAUGCUGCCCUCGGUGCCGCUCGACGUCUGCAAGCAGGUGUACGACUCCCGGGGCGACCUCGUGGACGAGACCAUGAUCUGCGCCGGCGUGGGCGGCAAGGACUCUUGCCAGGGUGACUCGGGCGGGCCGCUGGUGGACGCCGAGCAUGUGCAAGUGGGAGUCGUGUCCUGGGGAAUCGGCUGCGGGUCGCCGGGUUUCCCGGGGCUCUACGCCAACCUCGCGCACCCCGAGCUCCAGGACUGGAUCCGGGAGACGAGCAAGAAUGACGACGACUAGACGAGCGUCCGGGUGGACUCCACGGAGUAGACGUCUACUUCAGAAAUAUACAGAGACAAUUUUUUGGCUCUUUAAUCUCUGCGUCACCCUGAGUGCCCUGAGCCCUCCAAAUUUGAGUACGUAGUCAGGUAUGGAUUAAACUAAGAAAGGAGAACAAUCA